AUGAAUUUUGGAACAAAAGAGGCGGAAAUUAACAACACUAUCAUGGAGACAGGAAAGUUAAGUCUUGCUUCUUUGAAGGAUAAGGUCAGUAAUGCUUUGUCUAAUAAAAUAACUGAGAAAAAGUCAAGGAAAAACAAAAAUGAUAAUUCCAAGAAGAAGAAGGGAAAAGCAGAUGUACAUUCCACUGAUUUCGAUGCUUUGCGUCGUGAAGCUUUAGAAUUAGGUGCGACUGAUGAAGAUUUAAAGUUAAUCAGUGGGAUUGAAGAUGCUGACAAUUUAAGUGAACAGGAAUUUGAUGGCGAUGGAGACGUUGACAAGAAUUUGAGUAUUGAAUUAAAUGCAUUUAUGAAAUCCAUCGGGUUGGGUAGUAAUAAGGCCAAAGAUAUUGAAAUUGCAGAUGAAGAGGAAGACAAUGUUCCAGAUUUAGUUGAGGAAAAGUCAGAACAUGAAUCAGAGACAGAGUCAGGGUCUGAACCAGAAUCAUCAUUUGAGGAAGAAAAGGAGGAAGAAGAACCUCACAUUCCAGAACACGAAGAGGAGCACAAAGCAGAGUCAAACUCAGACUCAGAGGCAGCAUCGGAACCGGAAACCCAACCAUCACUUGAAGGAGGUGGAGAUAGAGAAACAAAAAAAGCGAACCCAGAUAAGAUAACCAACCUCCAAUCUGUUAUUUCGGAUAGACUAACGGUAGAGCCUAGAUCAGAUUGGUAUAAUAUUCCAUUAAAUAUAGACACCAAAACAGCUGACAGAUAUAUAAAACAACAAAAUAUUGACGAGCUCUAUGAAAAAGCAAAGGGAUUAAUUGAAGAGGAAAAUAGGAUUUACGAUGAGGAAUUUAAUAAGUCCUCUUCCCAGAAACGGUUCUUGUCUCAAAUCUUAACAAGCGGUACAUUAUCUGAUAAAAUUUCUGCAUUGACAUUAUUGGUGCAAGAGGCACCAUUACACAACCUGAGAGCAUUAGAUAAUUUGUUCAGUAUGUGUCAAAAGAAAUCAAGGACAGCCGCUAUGCAAUGUAUCGACGCUGUGGUUGAUUUAUUAGUCAAUACUAUAUUACCACCUGAUAGAAAGUUGAAACCAUUCAAAAAGCAACCUCUAAGCUUGAACUUGACUAAUGAACAAUUAAUCUUGAUGUAUUUUGAGGAUCAUCUAAAAACGUUGUAUUUCAAUUUUAUUUCCCUAUUAGAAAAACUUUCUCAUGAUUCAAUCUUAUAUGUUAGAAUGAAAGUUGUUAGUCAUAUUUUCUCGUUAUUAAAGGCAAAACCAGAACAAGAAGCAAAUCUCUUAAGAUUAGGUGUAAAUAAAUUGGGUGAUGUUGAUGCCAAAGUAUCCUCCAAGACAUCAUAUCAGAUUCUUUUAACAGAACAGGAUCACCCGGCUAUGAAGCAAAUUAUUUGUGAAGCGGUUAUUGACGUUGUCUUCAGAUCUAAUAAUGAUCAUCAUGCUGUUUAUUACUCUAUUAAUACAUUGAAUCAAACUAUUCUUACCAAGCGUGACGAAGGACUGGCUAAUAAAUUACUCGAUGCGUAUUUUGCAUUGUUUGAGAAAUUAUUGGUCAAAACUGAUUCAGCAAAUGUUGGACAAUUGAAGGAAAGUGAAUACCAAAAAGAAGGAAAAAGAAAAGGGAAGUUCAAGAGAGGCAAGAAAGGAGGAAAAUCCGUUAAAGCUAAGGUCAAGGAUGAAACAGAAAUCCUCGAGGAAAAGAACUCUAAAAUGUUUGCUGCAAUAUUGACAGGUUUGAACCGUGCAUUUCCAUUUUCAAACUUUCCAGUCGGUAUAUUCGAGAACCAUUUGAACAUCCUUUACAAAAUUACGCAUGGCUUAAACUUUAACACAUCAGUUCAAGCUCUGAUUUUAAUUCAUACAAUUACCUCUAAAUUUGCUGACGAAACUCACAAGGAUAGGUUUUUCAGAACUCUAUAUGAAUCUUUGUGGGACGAAAGACUUUUAACAUCAUCUAAGCAAGGUAUUUAUUUGAACUUACUAUACAAAGCAUUGAAGAACGAUGAUAAAGUCGAGAGGGUUUUGGCAUUUGUUAAAAGAAUUUGUCAGGUUUGUUUAAGUUGGUUGAAUAUUGGUACUGUUGCAGGUAUGAUUUUUCUUUUGAUCCAAUUGGAGAGAGAGGUUCCACAAAUUAGAAAUUUAUUCUUAAAUACUCCAAUGGAUGAUGAAAUUAAUAAAUUAAUCGAGCAAGAGGAGAAUCUUGAUGAAGUUGAACAAAAGGACAUUGAAAAACGGCUUUAUGAUUCCAAGAAAAGAGAUCCUAAAUUCGCAAAUGCUGACAACUCUUCACUAUGGGAAAUUGAAUAUUUUACUCAUCAUUACCAUCCAACUGUACAAGCAUAUGCUAACAAUUUCUUGAAGUAUGACGAACUAACUAAAAUAGAAAGGAAAGCUAUUAAUAAGCCUGACUUGGGAUUAUAUUCUUUGGCACAUUUUCUUGAUAGGUUCAUUUAUAAAAAGCCAAAAAGCAAGGCCAACUUGAAGGGUAGUUCUAUUAUGCAACCUUUAGGAGGCUCGCAUACAGGUAAUUUAUUAGUUCGUGCCACUGGUGUUGAAAGUAGUGAGGUUCCUGCAAACACAGAGGAUUGGUUAUCAAAGAAGGCAAGCCAAAUCAAACCUGAAGAUGAAUUUUUCUACCAGUAUUUCAGUACUAAGCAGGAAAAGAUUUCACGCUCUAGGUUUGAUAAAGAAAUGGAAGAUAAGGCAAAGGACGAUUUUGAAGAAGAUUCCGAGCUCGAAGAAGACGCGGUGUGGGAUGCAUUAGUAGCUAGCAACCCAAAUAUUGAAGGUGAUGACGAGGAGGAUGAUUUCGAUGAUGAGUUGUCAGAUUUAGAUAUGUCGGACUUUUCAGACGACGAAGACGAUGGCGAAGAGAACGCCGUCUCUCCUGAUAUUGAAAAUGAGGAAGAAGAAAUAGGGGAGAUUGAUUCUCAAAAUGAGGAAGAAGAUGGAUUAGUCACAAUAAAAACAAUUGGAGAUUUCGAUGCCGGUUCCGAUUCUGAAGAAAUUGGGGAGGAAGAAGAGAACAAUAACGAUACAUCUGAUGGUGAAGAUGUCAACAUUUUGAUGGAGGAAGAAGAAGAUGAUAUGAUUGACAGUGACGAAGAGAUAACCGAAUCUGACAAGAAAUCAAGGAAGAGAAAGGCAGAGUUAGGUUCGGAGAAAAAGAACAAAAAAAUCAAACUCAAGUCACUACCCACCUUUGCUUCAGCCGAAGAUUAUGCAGAAUACCUUCAAUCAUCCGACGAAGAAUGA